AUGAAUGGAAGUUAAAGAUAUGAUUAUUUAGGACCAACAAAUAUUUUUUUGAGAAACAAGGAAUAUGAAAGACAUUAAAAAAAAUUAGAGGAGAUAAAAAGUAUUAAAACCAAGGGUACAUAUUAUAAUAAAUAGCACAUUGAAGGCAUUAGAGUUUACAACAACAUUAAAGUCAACAACAACAAAUUCAAGGAUAGAAUAAAGAAUGAUGAGCUUCAAAUCAAUAAUAAUAAAAUUUUGAAAAAAAUAAUAGAUAUAAGUAGGCAUGAUAAUGGUUUGAGCAAGACUCAUUUUUCAUAAUUAUCUCCAAGAAGGGCUAAUAUAGAAGAGGUUGACAAAAUAAUCAGAGAAAAUUAAAUUUUGUCAAACAAAAUCAAUAACGUAGAUUCAUAGCUAAACAACAAAAAGUUUGCUAGUCAUUAUUAGCUACUUUAUGAGUGCAAAAAGCGAAUUCAAAGGUUUGAAGUUAUUGAUUAUGAAAAAAACCAAGUUAAGCUAAAGGCUUAUGAUCUUGCUAAUUCAACAUUUAAUGGAGGUCUUACACAAGCUCAUAGUCGUUUAAGUUAAAGAAAACAAUCUCUUAACUUAAAUAGCAAUGGCAAUCAAGAUGAAUUUUAUGAAAAUAAUGAUCAUUACAAUUAAUAAGAAUAAAAUAAUUCAUUAGGGGAUACUUAAAACCAUCACCAAAAGAGCCAAUUAUCGAAUUAUAAAUAAAUUCAGAUUACAACAAGUUAAAACAGCCCAAGAGAAAAUCAAUUUGAUUCUGGAAGAGCUAAAAGCUGUGAAAGAGAUAGAAUUUCUGUUUAAAGAAAAAAUCAGUAAUUUUAAGGGUAGAAUUAAGGAUAUUUCAAUUAAAAAGAAAAUUAUGACAACUAAACUUAAAAUGUGAAACCUUAGAGAUAAAUUGGUACAUCAGAAUAAGCCAGGUAUAGAAGCGUUAGCAGAGGACGUGGAGCAAGUACUAGAAGUUCUUACGAACCUUCAAAAAAUCCUAGUGACAGCUAGCUACCUGCUCAUAGGUAUUUUAGAAACUUUAAAAGGGCCAAUCCUGAAAGGCAAAGUCUAAAUUUAACUUCUAACUCUAUUGGAAAUUAAAAAUUGAAUGUUUCUGAUGAAUAAAACCUAAAUAAAACUGGAGAAUCCAACUACAAAAACUCUAGCAACAAAAGUGGAAUUUCUUCAAAGCAAACUAAUGAAGGUGAUUUCUACAACGAAGAUGGUUAUGGGUAUGGUUAAGAAGAAGAAAACUCAACUUAUUAUAAAAAAGUACCUAAAAGGCUCAAUUAAAAUUAUAUUUAAAAAGGUGAGGAUACAUAGUCUAGUGAUAAUAAACAAAGCGUUGAAACAAAUAAAAUUGCUUAAUAAGAAAAAUAAAAUAAUAUUAUACAAAUAAAAAAUAACUCUAGAGCAUAUUCUGCUAAGGGAAGUUAAAAAGAUAAACUAAGAUCUACAACUCCUAACAAAAAUAUGAUAAAUAAUACAUCGAAUUAAUAAAGCUAAUUUAAAGAAGAAUAGGGUUCCUCUAAAAAUACUCCAAGAGGUUUAGUAUAAAUCGAAUAAGUAGAUAGAUCAUAAAUUCAAUCAAGAUAAAAUGAUAAAAACAAUAGAAGAUAGUUUAACUAGCACUCAGAUAAACUUUAAGGUGAUAAUAGUAAAAAAAUGAAUAAUAGUUAAUAAUAGAGUAAAAUAAUAUAAGAGAGUAACUAUACAAAAGAAUCUUUUGAUAUAGAAGAAAAUAUAACAUCUUAAAGUAAGUAAUUGAAUGGUUAAAAAGAUUCUAAAGAAGAUUUGAACGAAGAAUACAACUUUGAAGAUGAAGAUUUUGUGUAGUAAGAAGAAAGUUACUAAAUUGAUGAUGACACUAAGAAAAAAUUCAUGAACAAUAGUAAAAAUUUUUACAAAGAUAAAAAAAAGGAAUAAUACCAAAUUGCAGAAUAAGAAGAAUAUGAAGAAGACUUUGAAUCUCAGCUAAUUAAGUCUUCUAAUUAACAAAAUAAAAAUUAAUAAGACUCUUAGAAAAUGAAAGUUUCAAAUAAUUAAAAUACAAGCAAGAUUUAAAAAAAAUAAGAACAUGAUUCGAAUAAAUUUGAUGAUUUAGAAUCAAGUAAAUUGAAUUCUAGCCAUAAUGUUUCUGAAGUAAAAACUGACAAAUCUAAGUUAAUUUCUUCUUAGCUUAAAAAUGAAAUAAAAAAUUAAUAAAAUUAAGAUGCAAAAUAAGUAAGUAAAAAUAAAAGCAAUAAAAAGAUAGCUAACAAAGAUUAAGAAGAUAGUAUUAAUAAAUAUGAAGAAGAAAAUUUUGAAUUAGAAGAGUGA